UUUUAUUUUAUCUACGGGUUCCAUUUACUGUCGCUUGUUAAUUGUUAACAUUAUAAUUAUAAUAUUCGUUCAAAUGUAGUCAUUAAAACAAACGACUAGCUUAUUUCCGCAUUGUUACGUAGCGAUAUCUAACUUAUAAAGGGUUUGAAAAUAGAGUAAGUACGAUUUCAUGAGUUAGCUUCUUACAAACUAUCAAAUCAUGGCAGUGUUAGCAGCGGCACAACUGCUUGACGAGUUAAUGGGAAGACAUCGAAACACUAAUCCCAAUGAAAAAAUUAAAAAACCAAACUGGGAAGAUCCUGAAUAUUGUAAAUAUUAUAUGGUUAAGUUCUGUCCUCAUGAUUUAUUUGUAAAUACACGGGCAGACCUUGGUGCUUGUCCAAAAGUACAUGACGAUGAAGUCAAAGAACUGUUUGAAAAGGCAGAAGGGUCUUAUAAGAAAGCUCAAUAUGUUGAAGAGUUCCUGCGAUUUUGCCGUCACAUGAUCAGUGAUGUUGAAAGAAAAAUUCAAAAAGGUAAACAAAGAUUGGAACUGAUGAAUUCAAAACCUGAAGGACCACCUAUGACACAGGCUCAAACAGAAAAAAACAUGGAGCAGGUAAAACUUUUGUCAGAAAAGAUUAGUGCUUUAGUCAGAGAAGCAGAGGAAGCAGGUACCUGUGGGAAUGUAGAACAAGCUCAAGGUCUAAUGAAGCUGUGUGACAGAUUGAAAGAAGAAAAAGAAACGCUUCUAAAACAACAAGAAAAUAGCCACUGGUCAAUGACAGCAGAAUUAGCAGCAGCUCAAGAGAAGCAGAUGGAAGUGUGUCCUGUGUGUGGAGCAUUUCUUAUUGUGGGUGAUGCACAGCAGAGAAUAGAUGACCAUCUUUCGGGAAAACAACAUGUUGGAUACUUCAAAUUGCGUCAAGCUUAUGAAGAAAUGAAUGAAGCUCGUGAGAAAGAACAACAAGAAAAGGAGAGAAGACGUCGCGAAGAAAGAGAUAGGGAGCGUAAUAUUCGUGGUGGCGGUUUGGGAUCUGAUAGACGUGAUCGCGAAAGAAUGGAGAGAGACCGCGAGCGUGACAGAGAUAGAGACAAGGAUCGUGACAAGGACAAGGAUAAGGAAAGAGAGCGUCAUAGAUCAAAUCGAGAUGAACGUCCUGGACGUCAUGAAGAACGUGAUCGUGAACGCGAACGGGACCGAGAGCGCGAGCGCGACCGAGAGAAGGACAGGGAACGGGAGCGUGACAAGGAACGAGAACGUGAUCGCGACAAGGAUCGCGACCGGGACCGGGAUAGGAAACACCGUAGGGAGAGAAGUGAAAAAUUCACACGAGCGUCCCCGCCGGCGUUCUCGCGAGCGUCACUAGCGAAUCACUGAGGUAUCACAUAAGCACCUCGAACCGUUGGCAAACAACAAUAGACGAAGAUCGACAUCGCGGUGGCGUCUCGACCACAGACAAUGAGGUACUUUUGAAAUUAAGACAACAGAGAGCCGCUGAAGAGGCGAAGGCAUUCGUCGAUUAUAACCGUCACUUUGGACAUCGGUUUCGAGGUGACAUAGAAUAGUUUCGUGUAAAAUAAUAAUUUUCUAUUAAUUCCAUAAUGGUUUAUUCAAAUGCAUGUAUCGUCUUGCGUUUUUAAAUAAACUUGUUAUUAUUUCGAAUUAGACUAUAAGUAUGUGUAAAAUGUAGCUACCUCGGCAAAUGUUUUUUUUCCCUAGGAAGGUUAUUUCUGUAAACCAGAUACCACUGAGGAGUGACUUCAGGUAUUUAUCGAACUUUUAUUUCGUUAUAAUAUAAUUGUGAUUAAUUUGUUUUGUAUGACUAUAAAGUGUGAACCAAUAGGGAUUGUCCAUAUUAAUAUAAUAAAACAAUACCAUAAUU